AUGAACAUGAACUACGGCUCCAUGGGUCCUGGCGCGAUGGUGCGGUGCAGGCAGUGCAGCUCGAGCAUCACGGCGAUGCCCGGCGCCCGCGCCGUGCAGUGCAUGCAGUGCAGCUGCGUCACCCGCGUCAGCGGGCGUGGCCGGCAGCAGCACGGCUACGGCCAGGGUUACGGGAACGGCGGCGGGAUGCUGAUGCCGCCGAUGCGUCCCACCCCGGCCUUCGGCGGCGGCCGCGGCAAGAAGCGCGCCGUGCUGAUCGGGAUCAAGUACACCAACCGGCGCUCCUGCGAGCUGCGGGGCCCCAUCAACGACGUCAAGUGCAUGCGCUACCUGCUCACCGAGCGCUUCGGCUUCCCCAACGACUGCGUCCUCAUCCUCACCGAUGAGGAGAGGAACCCGUGCAGGCAGCCGACUAAGGACAACAUCCGCAUGGCGAUGCACUGGCUGGUGCAGGGGUGCAGCUACGGCGACUCCCUGGUAUUCCAGUUCUCCGGCCUGGGCGCGCAGGUCCCCGACGACGACGGCGACGAGCUGGACGGCAUGGACGAGGCCCUCUGCCCCGUGGACUCGUUCCAGCAGGGCCCCAUCCUGGACGACGAGAUCAACGAGGCCAUCGUCCGCCCGCUGGUGCACGGCGUCAAGCUCCACGCCAUCGUCGACGCCUGCCACAGCGCCACCGUCCUCGACCUCCCCUACCAAUGCACCGUGUCCAAGCAGUCAGUGUCUAUCUCGUCAACUUUCUUAACGCCGAUCCCAUCCAUGUUCGCAUGCACUUACAUAUAUGAACAUGUUUUGAUCAGGACCGGGCGCUGGAGGUGGAGGGACGAGCGCCCUAUGACCGGCGCCUGCAAGGGCACCAGCGGAGGCCAGGCCGUGCUCAUCAGUGGCAGCAGCAACGGAAAGAGCAACAUGAGCGUGCUGCCUGAGCCCUACGCCACGAUCGGCGCCAUGACGCACAGCUUCAUCCGAGCGGUGGAGUGCGAGCCGCGCACCACCUACGGCCGCCUGCUCACCUCCAUGAGGGCCAUCAUGCGCGACAGCGGCGGCAACUGCAACCUGCAAGGCCCCAUCGGCGGCUCCAUCCGCAAGGUCGCAAACUUCAGCGGCGUGGAGGAGCCUCAGCUGUCCUCUGCCUACAAGUUUGACAUCGAGCGCGAGCCGUUCUGCAUGUAG